AUGGAUGAAACCAGCAACUCCCACGUAUCUUAUUCCCCAACGUCGUCGAGUUUUGAAGAAAUUAAAGGCUCGACGACGGGGGUCUUGGGACCGAGUCCGAUUGCCAUCUGCGGGCUAGGUGUGAGGCUUUCCGGUGGCAUCCAAAACGCCAGUGACUUCUGGGAACUUCUGGUUAAUGGACGUGACGCACGCGGGCCCGUCCCGCGCAGCCGGUAUAACGCCGAGGGGUUCGACGCCUCUUUGGACGGGAAGGGGUGCAUUGAGGCCCAAACCGGUUAUUAUCUCGAGAACGACCUCUCGAGAUUCGACCCUUCGCUGUUUUCCAUGGCCCAGCUCGAGUUGGAGAAAUGUGACCCCCAACAAAGACUUUUAUUGGAGGUCGUCCGGGAGUGCCUCGAGGAUGCCGGAGAGGUCAAGUACCGCGGCAAGCCGAUCGGAUGCUAUGUGGGCACAUUCGGUGAAGAGUGGCUGCAUCUGCAGAGCAAGGAAGAUCAGCACACUGGAAAUCAAACCGUCACUGGAUUUGGAGAUUGGAUGCUCGCGAAUCGGGUUUCUUACGAGUACAACCUAUGCGGACCAAGAUCCCUUCAAUUCGGCGAUGCCUCUGCCGCCGUUGUCGCGGGCACGAACCUGAUUCUCGGGCCCGCCCUUACAUCGCUUAUGGCGUCGGAGGGCGUCCUAUCACCAGAUGGAUCUUGUAAGAGCUUCGACGCUUCCGCCAACGGCUACGCCCGAGCUGAGGGUAUCACCGUUAUCUACGUCAAACGCCUCACGGACGCCAUCCGCGACGGCAAUCCUAUCAGAGCGGUGAUUCGCGGCACCGCGAUCAAUAGCGAUGGAAGAAGUCCAGGAAUGCUCGUUCCGCGUCAGGGAGCGAUUGAGGAUCUCAUAAAGAAAGUCUACGCAGAUUCAGGACUGGAUCCGUCCGACACUGCGUUUGUCGAGUGUCAUGGCACCGGUACAUCAGUCGGCGACCCCAUAGAAACCUCCGCCAUUGGAGAGGUUUUCGGGGGCUCGGGGGUCUACAUCGGCUCUGUAAAGCCAAAUAUAGGCCACUGUGAGGGAUCUGCUGGCCUUGCAAGUUUGAUCAAAGCCGUACUGGCCUUAGAGAACCGAACGAUACCACCCAACAUCAAGUUCAAUGUCCCCAAUCCGAAGAUCCCGUUUAGGGAAAAGGACCUUACCGUCCCAACUACGCCAACCCCAUUCCCCAGCGAUAAGGCUGAGAGGGUCAGCGUAAAUUCAUUCGGCAUCGGCGGUUCUAACGCUCAUGUCAUUCUCGAGUCAUUCCCUUCAUCAAUCAGGGCGACAGGAAAUGAGGGGACGGUAGGGCGGCCAGAAUUGCUCAUGUUCUCGGCCAACACUCAGAAUUCGCUGAAGAAGCAAAUGGAAUCGCAACUGGAAUUUGCUUCACAGCGUCCCACGCUGCUUUCUGAUAUUGCUUAUACGUUAGCACUUCGUCGAGAGCGGUUUUUGCACAGAGCCUUCGUCAUCAAGUCCGGCAAGAAAAUACUAGGAUCUUCUGCUGCGGUCAAAGCUCCGGGAAAGCCAUCUCAGCGCGAAAUCGCCAUGAUUUUCACGGGGCAAGGGAGUCAAUGGGCCGAAAUGGGGAAGGGUCUAUUCCUCACUGAUGCCGAAUUCCGGGAGGAUGUCCAACUCAUGGACGACGCUCUAAGAAGUGCCUCAAAUCCACCUAGAUGGUCUAUCGAAGCCGAGAUUCUCAAACCAGCAGAGAUCAGUCGCAUAAAUAAGGCUGAACUCUCGCAGCCUCUGUGUACGGCGCUACAGAUUGCCAUCAGUCGAUAUCUCAAGCGCCUCGGGAUUGAACCCGCCGCAGUGGUAGGGCAUUCUAGCGGUGAGAUUGCUGCGGCAUACGCUGCUGGUUAUAUAUCGCUCGAGUCUGCUGUCAGGACAGCCUAUUAUCGUGGCCUCGUCUCCUCUAAAUUCGGCACGAAGGACGGAGCCAUGGCCGCGAUUGGACUUGGGGCGGAAGAGGUAGCCAGGCUUCUCCCAGACGGCGUAGUGGUUGCGUGCGAGAACAGUCCUAAGAGCACGACCAUCUCGGGAGAUCGCGAUCUUGUAGAACAGGUAGUGUCCACAGUGAAGGCAGUUGACCCGAAUACUUUCGCGCGCGUUUUGAAAAUUGACAUGGCAUACCAUUCCCCUCACAUGGACUUACCCGCAAAGGAGUACCUUAAGCUUCUAGAGCGGGAAGUGAACUUGAACGCCGAGUCCUCAACAUCACCUCGACCUAUAUUCAUAUCGAGCGUCACCACCCAAGUAAUAGACAAGCCAGCUGAGCUAGGUCCAGCUUACUGGGUUUCGAACCUUGUCUCACCGGUGCAAUUCAGCACUGCAGUGAGGAACCUCUUGGAACUGAGAGGUGAUUCUGAUAUACUGCUGGAAAUCGGGCCUCACUCAGCGCUGGCGGGGCCCCUGCGCCAGAUCUGCGCUACGGGCUCGUGGCAGUGCAACUAUGUUACGUCGCAGACUCGCGGCGACAAUAGCGCGGUCUCCUUGCUGGCUGCUUUGGGUCGCCUCUACCAGGAGAAUGUCCACGUUGACUUUGGUCCUCUCUUCACGGGUGGCCGAGUCGUGCCGGGACUGCCCACGUACGCAUGGGAUUACGGCGGCCGAUCCUUCUGGAGGGAGAGCAGACUGUCCUCUGCGUGGAGGCAACGCGAGUAUCCCCACCACUGCAUACUCGGCGUGAGAUCUGCCGCGUCCCCGGAUACUGAGCCGAUCUGGCGGAACGUUCUACGUCUUGACGACGCAUCUUGGCUGAUCGAUCAUAAAGUCGGCGGCGACAUCGUCUUCCCCUUCGCUGGAUAUGUCUCCAUGGCCGGCGAGGCCAUCCGUCAAGUAGCGAGGGCUGAAGCGGGAUCGAGCUACCAUCUUCGCCAUGUAGUCGCCCACGCAGCCCUCGUCCUAAAUGACUCGAAAUCGGUAGAGGUAAUCACGACGAUGCGUCGUAAACGUCUUACUGACUCAGACGACUCCAAGUGGUUCGAAUUCACCAUCACAUCCUACACUGGUUCGGCCUGGAUCAAGCACUGCACAGGCGACGUCAGGCCCGGCGAGGGGUCUCAACUAACACCAUCGUCAGCCCCCAAAGAAUUCCCUCGUCAAGUAUCGUCCCCAGCAUUCUAUGAAACGAUGGAGCGCAACGGGUUCGUCUACGGACCCGAGUUCCAGUCUCUCGCCGAGAUCACAGCAUCUACUACCGAGCAGAUAGCUGAAGCCAGGCUGGUCGAUAAGCACAAUCAUACAUCAUCGCCAUUCUCGCUCCACCCCGUAGCAAUCGAUGGCUGUCUCCAGCUGCUAAUGAUCGCCACGGCCCAGGGGCUUUUGCGUAACUUCGAUGGUCUCUACAUGCCCACGUCUAUCGACGAGCUGUUCGUCUCUCGCGGUUCGGCAGACAUGUGCGCACGCGCCUGGAGUAAAAACGGCGAUGUCCGGUUCGGGGAGGUAGAGUGCUCUGCGGAGGGACGAGUGGUGCUGCGGAUGCGCGGGCUUCACUUGGAGCCCCUCGAGCAGAACGACGACGCGGACAAGUCCAUCGACAAGCAUGCCGCAGCACGCAUCCAGUGGCUGCCCGACUUCGACUUCGUCGACCACAGGACGCUGUUCGCGGCGCCCAAGCCCGACAGGGAGCACCUCAGACUGCAGCAAGAGUUGUCUUUCCUGUGUAUCCUCCAGGAAGUCAAGAAGGUCGAAGGGCUCGAGCCGUGCCAACCUCACUUCGCCAAGCUUCGGGAUUGGAUGCGAAAAGAGAUCGAAGACGCGACCACAGACAGCAGAAAUUUCCCGUUGGUCGACGAUGCGGCGCGUCUCAUCGCGAUGAGCCCGGCGGAGCGGCAGACUACCAUCGAUUCGCACCUACAAAUCCUCGAGAAGGGGCACCACAGCGCGCUCUCGACCGGUAUCAAGCGCGUGUGCGACCACGCUGAGGAGCUGUUCACGGGGGCGCGCGAGACGCUCGACGUGCUCAUGCAGGGCAACCUGCUCACGGAGAUAUACAACCGCGCGAGCUUCGGGCAUGGCGACUUCGUGCGGCUGCUGUCGAACUCGCGGCCGAACCUGCGCAUCCUCGAGGUCGGCGCCGGCACCGGCGGCACCACCGAGCUCAUCCUGCGCGACCUCGUCGACGCCGGCGGCUUCCCCGUCUACUCCGUCUAUACCUUCACCGACGUCUCCGCCGGCUUCCUCGUCAAGGCCCGCGAGCGCUUCGCCUACGCCGCCAACAUGGAGUACAAGGUGCUCGACAUCAGCCGCCCCCCGCUCGAGCAGGGCUUCGACGGCGGCCCUCGCGCCGCCUACGACCUCAUCCUGGCCACCAACGUCGUGCACGCGACGCCCUUCAUCGGACAGACCCUCGCCAAUAUCAGGUCCCUGCUGAAGCCCGACGGCAUGCUGGUGCUGACCGAGCUGCUCCCCACGCUGCGCACCGCCAACUACGCCUUCGGCCACUUCUCGGGGUGGUGGCUGGGGGAGGCCGACAACCGGCCGGCAAACCCGCUCAUCCCCGUCGCGCGUUGGGACGCCGAGCUCAAGGCCUCGGGCUUCACCGGCGUGGACUCGUUCGUAUCCGACGACGACGACGCGUACAGCCAGAUCGUCACCAUCGUGUCGCAACCACAAGACAACCCAAGGACCCCCGCAACAAAGCAAGUCGCCGUCCUGUGCGAGAGCCCGGACUCGGACGUGGCGCAGACGCUCCUAGGCGCCCUGCAGGCCGCGGGCUGGGACGCGACGCCGCGCGACCUGGCGUCGCCGCCACCACCGGCCGACGUCGGCGUAAUCGCCUGCGUCAACCUCGAGGACGGGGAGUGGUUCCUGGAGGCGACGCCGGAGGCGCUGUCGGCGCUGCAGGCGUUCGCGCGCGGCCUGGCGCAGCGCCAGCGGGUGCUAUGGCUCGCGCGGCCGGUGCAGAUGCGGUGCGCGGACCCGCGGCCGGCGGCCUUCCUGGGCGCGGCACGGACGCUGCGGGCUGAGACGGCGCCGGGGCUGUGCACGCUGGAGAUUGACUUCCCGGGCGCCGGCGAGGGGCGCGACGGCUUCGCGGCCCGCGUGCUCGCCGUCUUCGACAAGGUCCGCGCCGCCCGCGACGACGACGGCGCCGCCCUCGCCCCCGACUGCGAGUUCGCCGUCGACCGCGGCCAGGUUUGCGUCCCCCGCUACCACCCCUUCUCCCUCACCGACGCGCUGAGCGGUGAGGCGGCUGAGCGCGCCGCUGGCGACGGCCCCGCCAAGAAAACGGCCCUGAGCAUCGGUAAGAUCGGGUCGAUGGAGACGCUUUACUGGGCUGACGAGCCGUCGCCGUCCGAGCUGCCGCCGGGGCACGUCGAGAUCGAGACCCGCGCCGUCGGCCUCAACUUCCGCGACGUCGUGCUCGCGCGAGGCAUCAUCGCCUCUGCGGCGGCAGGCCGCAUCCCGCUCGGCUACGAGCUCGCGGGAGUGGUCGUGCGGACGGGCGCGGAGGUCACGGAGCUCGCGCCGGGGGACAGGGUGAUGGGGCUGUGCAACGGGUGCCUGGCGACGAGGAACGUGGUGCCGGCGGAGAUCGUCGUCAAAAUCCCCGGCGACCUGUCCUUCGAGGCGGCCGCGACGGUGCCCGUGUGCUUCGGGACGGUGAUCCACAGCAUAGUGGAGGUCGCGCGGCUGCAGCCCGGGCAGAGCAUCCUGAUCCACUCUGCGUGCGGCGGCGUCGGGCUGGCCGCGAUCCAGCUGAGCCGCAUGCUCGGCGCCGAGAUCUACGCGACCGUGGGCAGCGAGCGCAAGGUCGCGCACUUGGUCGAGAAGCUUGGGGUCCCGCGGGAGCGCAUCUUCAACUCGCGCGACGCGUCGUUUGCCGAAGGUAUCCUGCGCGCGACGGGCGGCCGCGGCGUCGAUCUCGUCCUUAACUCGUUGUCGGGAGACUUAUUACACGAGUCCUGGCGCUGCGUCGCCCGGUUCGGCACCAUGAUCGAGCUCGGCCUACGCGACUCCCAGGGCUCUGGGAGCCUAAACAUGCUGCCCUUCUCGGGCAACCGCUCCUACCAUGGCAUGAAUCUGUCCGAGUUUAAGGAACGGCCACAAUGGCUGAGAAGGCUAUUGAACAAGUUCUCCGAAUACUCGUCGAACGGCCAUGUCACUGCCAUCGAGCCGUCCACGGUAUUCGACGCGAAACAGAUCCAGCGGGCGUUCCGCUACCUCGAAGACGGCGACCACCUCGGCAAAGUGGUGGUGCGGUUCCCGGAACCCGGCACGGAAGCGCCGCUCCCGUCAGCGCCGCCGCCGCGCUGCGUCGAGCUGGACCCCGAGGCCACCUACCUUCUCGUCGGCGGCGUCGGCGGCCUCGGCAGAUCCAUCGCGACGUGGAUGGUGGAGCGCGGCGCGCGCCACCUUACCUUCCUCUCGCGCAGCGCCGGCACCAGCGAGGUCAGCCAGACGCUGUUCCGCGAGCUCGAGUCCAUGGGGUGCUCCAUAACGGCAGUAGCCGGACGCGUCGACCGCAUGGAGGACUUGCAGCUGGCGAUCCAGCAGUCUAAAACACAGAUAAAGGGGGUGCUGCAGUUAGCGAUGGUGCUCAAAGACGUCCCGAUGGUAGACAUGGAGUGGUCGCAGUGGCGCGACGUGCUAGCGCCCAAGGUGGCGGGGUCGUGGAACCUGCACAAGGCAUUCUCGCCGCCCGAAGGCGAGAGCAGCAACGGCGACAACAGCAAGGGCAACCUAGACUUCUUCUUCCUGGCGAGCUCGCUCGUCAGCGUGGCGGACUCGCUGGGGCAGGGCAACUACGUGGCGGCGAACCUGUUCGUGGAGGCGCUGUGCCGGUUCCGGCGGGCGCAGGGGCUGGCCGCGUCGGUGCUCAACAUCGGGCCGGUGCGCGACGUCGGGUUCGUGGCGGAGAACGCGCACGCGCUGCGCAACAUGCGCGCCCAGGGGAUGUACCUGCUCGGCGAGCGGGAGUUCCUCGACUUCCUCGCGCUGGCGCUGCUCGAGGGCGGCCGGCCAGUCGCCGCCCCGCUGCCGCCCCGCCCCGCCCAGAUCCUCAUGGGCCUGCGCGCCGACGCCGACCUCGACGACCCCGGCACGCGCACCAUGUGGCGGCGCGACCGGCGCAUGGGCAUCUACCACAACGUGCGCGUGGCCAACCCGAUGGCGGCGGCGGCGGCGGGCGAGAGCACCGCGCUGCAGGCGUUCCUGGCGCGCGUAGCGGCGGCGGCGGCGGAGGAGGGCGCGGCGGCGGCGCGCGAGGUGCUGCGGGCGCGCGAGAGCCUCGACUUCCUGGCGCGCGAGAUCGGCCGCAAGGUUUAUGACUUCUUGCUACGGCCGGCGGACGAGGAGGUGGACGCGGCGCUGACGCUCGCCCAGAUGGGCCUCGACUCGCUGAUGGCGAUCGAGCUGCGGCGCUGGUUCAAGGGCGCCUUCGCGCUGACCCUCAGCGUCCUCGAGAUCGUCGGGUCCGGCACCCUCGCCCAGCUCGCCGAGCUCGUCGCCGCUAAGCUCGUCGAGAAGCUCGAGGCCGACCCGCCGAAGCCUGCCGCGCCGCGGUAA